AAGCCAAUCCCUAUCAACGGGCCGGCUAAUCCUACAUCCCACAUGAUAAGAAGUUAAAAACGCUUGCUGGGCUUUUCGUUUUAAGCUAAGUUUCUUCUGUGGGAGAUGGGUUUCUUGAGAGGAGAUGAAAGCCAUGAAACUGAAAGAGUUCUGAAGCUGCAAUGAAAGCCAUGAAACUGAAAGAGUUCUGAAGCUGCAAUCUUGGUGAGUUUUCUAGUGUCUCCUCCUUAGAAAGUAUGGGUUGGGUUUUUCUUGAAACACAGGAAAAUGAUUCUUUUCCUCCCACCCAGCAGCCGUUCUUUGUUUCUCAAUCACCCCCACCUCCUUUCAUUCAAUCUAAUAGUUUCAGUGUUGACAACAAAAUCAGUCCAAGUAUCUUACUCAUCAUCAUAAUUCUUGCUAUUAUAUUCUUCAUCUCUGGUUUGCUUCACCUUCUUGUUAGAUUUCUUCUGAGACCCCCCAAUAGAGAGCCUGAAGAUUCAGACAAUGUGACAGCCUUGCAAGGGCAGUUGCAGCAGCUCUUCCAUCUCCAUGAUGCAGGGGUAGAUCAAUCCUUCAUAGAUACCCUCCCUGUGUUUGUUUAUAAGACCAUUAUAGGAGCCAAGAACCCAUUUGACUGUGCUGUCUGUUUGUGUGAAUUUGAGGCUGAGGACAAGCUCAGACUACUCCCAAAAUGCAGCCAUGCCUUCCAUAUGGAGUGCAUAGACACAUGGCUCUUGUCUCACUCUACUUGCCCUCUCUGCAGAGGUAGUUUGCUUCCUGAUUUCUCUCCACGUGCUAGCUGCUCUCCUAUUGUUCUUGUUCUCGAAUCUGGGAGUGAAAGCUCCAGAGAGAUUGUUCCAGAUAGAGAGGCUGCUCUCGGUGGUAAUUCAGUUCUAGGAACUAGUGCCCGAAUGGGAUUUCAUGGAGAUGAGGAAUUGGGGCUCUCCUGCAAUGAUGUCUCUCAGAAAUCAUGUGAAAUUUCAGUGAAAGAGGAUGUCAUUCCUGUUGUAUCGGUGGUUUCAGAGGAAAAGGUCGUUCCUGUUAAGCUUGGGAAGUUCAGGAAUGUAGAUGUUGCUGCUGGAGGUGGCGCUCAUGGCGAAUGCAGUAGCAGUAGCUGUAAUGUAGAUGCAAGGAGGUGUUUCUCAAUGGGGUCGUUCGAGUAUGUUAUGGAUGAGAGUUCUUCAUUGCAGGUGGCCAUAAGACCCUCGGCACGGAAACAAACAAGUAGGAAGACUUCUCUGCCAUUAACGCCAGGCCACAAGCUCGCAAUGUCUGAAUGUGAUUGCCAUUCUACCAGGUCAGAAUUCAAGGCAUUUGUGGAAAGUUCUGAGUUUCCUGGCGGUGGCAGUAUCAGCACUGGAAAUGAUGUUGGAAGGAGCAAAAAGGAGAGUUUUUCUGUUUCUAAGAUCUGGCUCCGGUCGAAGAAGGGGAAACCAACGCCGGCAGAAGAUUCUUCCCGGCGAGCUUUCUCUUUUCGAUUUCCAUUACAGAAGAAUCCUGCAGAUGAUUUGAAGCAGAAGCAUAACAACAGUAGUAGGAGGACUAUCUCUGAAAUCGAUGUUUCUAGGUGGGAAAGCAGCGGCAGUGAACUGGGUUUAGAUGAGGAAGUUGGUAGCCAUGUCAGUCUGGAUUCUCAGGCCAAUCCGCCAUCCUUUGCAAGGAGAACACUGCUUUGGCUUAUGGGAAGACAGAAUAAGGUGGUUCAUUCAUCCUCUUCACCCAACGUCUGAUUCUUGGAUUUGUUUCUUGAUUAAUUAUUCUGGAUUCCUAAAUUUUGGAGAGACCAGUAGAGGAUGCGAGAAAGGAAAAAGAGAAGAAAAAGAAUGAAAAAUGUAAAAAGUCAUCAACACAAUCUCUGCAUUUUACUGUAGAAUGUUUAGUUCAAAGAGCAUAUUUUCUCUGUGGAAGAUUAAUCAUUUUUCCCAGUUGUUCCUUUCUACCCUUUUUUCAUGAAUCUCGAAAUCAUUGAAUUCAUCCUCUCAAAAUCUGUUCUUCAUGCUUCCAUACCCUGAAUUAAAACUAACCAGUUGAACUAUUAACAACAGAAGA